GUCCAGUCGAAACGAUCGAUCCAGCCAACUCGACUUGUCGCCGAUCCCUUCUUGAAACUAGCCGGCGUUCGGAAGCCUCUGAACCUCUGAAACACCAUAAAGCGACGAUCGUCAUGGGACCAGUCUCCGGUUUGCUAUUGGCAGGCCUGGUUUCUGCGGCCCUGGCCAAGCCGGGACUCCUGUCCGCGCCCCUGAUCGCCACUUUAACCCCUGCAGCUCCUGUCGGACCGGAUGGCCGGGUCCUAGACACGCCAGAAGUUGCUGUUGCGAAGGCGGAACACGCGGCUGCUCACCUCAACGAGAGAUUGAAGCUUGCCGACGAGGCUGCCAGGUCAGGAGCAGGCCUGCAACAGGUUCAGGUUAAACAGUCUUCGCUGUUGAUCGCUGCACCAAACGUUUUGGUACCUGGCGCUCCACUCGGACCUGAUGGCAGGGUGGUGGACACCCCGGAAGUCGCUGUCGCCAAAGCUGCGCACGCUGCCGCUCAGGUUAACGAGAGAAUCAAUUUGGCAAACGAGGCGGCCAGAUCUGUCGCUGCGGAUCUUAACAGACCACUGGUUCCUCUGGUAGCCAGCAGUAUAGUGGCCCCAGUGGUGCAAGCAGCAACAGUAGGUCCCGACGGAAGGGUGCAAGACACUCUAGAGGUAGCAGCAGCGAAAGCAGCCCACGCAGCAGCUCAGAUCAACGAGAGGAUUAACCUGGCGAACGAGGCGGUGAGAUCAUCGGGGACGAUAGUCGCUGCCGCCCCAGCAACAGUGACCGUACCAUUAGUAGCCAGCAACGCGGUGGUGGUCCCUGGUGCACCCAUUGGCCCGGACGGAAGGGUGCAGGACACGCCGGAAGUGGCUGUGGCGAAAGUCGCCCAUGCAACCGCUCAUCUUAACGAGAAAUUGAACCUGGCCACAGAGGCAGCCAAGUCUGCCGAUGUUCUCGCUGUUGCUGGCCCUGCCCUCGCCUAUGGACGGCUCGUCUAUUAAAAAUCUGAUCGUCGUUUAACACGUUCACCGUGUCCACGCGUAGAUCUGGUAAAAACAAUCACGAGGAAUCGCAAAUUUAUGAAAUAAACAUCAUAAUUAGACUGCGGAUUUUUAUGCAAAUUCGUAUUUCUGAGAACUUAAUUUAAAAAAUGGAAUAUUUUUGCAACGAACUUAAAGAAGCGUUAUACUUCAAAAAAUAUUAUUUGAAAAAAUAUAUAAUAUGUUGUAAUGUGCAUUCACCAAUUUUAUGAAGUUCUACACUUUCUAAUUUGACGUAAAUGCAUAAAAAUCCACGAUCUAUUCAUAAUAAUUCAUACAGAGCAUAUCGCGUAAACGUAAAGUUUAGCAGACACACGUAGCUUUUCCUAUGGAAAUUAUGCGUUUAGGGUAUAAUGUAUCACACGUACUUAGCAGUGAACGUGUUAAAUCAAAAUAUAAUGGAGGACCACUCGUGAAUAAUUAGCGGAUAAGUAUCAUAGUUGACGGUAAAGAGGGAAACAUAGCGCAUGGAUCGAACGAUUUACAAUUACCGGUGUUCUCUGGGACAUAUUUUUCUUGUUUCGUUAAUUCUAGAUUCGUUAUAAUUAGUUGGCUUUACGUUUUAUUGUGCGGUUAUGUCAUUUUUUUCAUGUAUGCGUUUUGGGCUAUGGAAAUUGACGUUCUGGUCAUUUGUUGCUUUCUCGUUUAAUGUGCUCUUUUGAUGUUGAUUGAUUAUCGAGGGUGGAGAGAUCGUUAAAACUGCCAUAGGGGGAUGAAAGACGAUUGUAGACUGGAUUAAUAAAGAGAAUUUCGAAGAAGUUCAAA